CCCAGGUGAGCCGCCGGGCCGCGAGCCACCGCCCACCCCGCGUCGGGGCGGGGCCUGGGGGCGGAGCCUGAUGCCCCGCCCCGCGGCUGGGCCCUGCCGCGCCGCUGCGGCUCCUCCUCCCUCCUUCCGUCCUCCGCGCCUUCCGUCGGUCUGUCCUUCCUUCCUGCUUCGCCUCCACGCCUCGCGCUAUGGGACAGAACCCCCGAUCCGCCAGCACCACCUGAGGAUCCGGAAACCGCCCCAGCGAUGGAAGAGGACCAGGAGCUUGAGAGAAAAAUAUCUGGAUUGAAGACCUCAAUGGCUGAAGGCGAGAGGAAGACAGCCCUGGAAAUGGUCCAGGCAGCUGGAACAGAUAGACACUGUGUGACAUUUGUAUUGCACGAGGAAGACCAUACCCUAGGAAAUUCUCUACGUUACAUGAUCAUGAAGAACCCGGAAGUGGAAUUUUGUGGUUACACUACGACCCAUCCUUCAGAGAGCAAAAUUAAUUUACGCAUUCAGACUCGAGGUACCCUUCCAGCUGUUGAGCCAUUUCAGAGAGGCCUGAAUGAGCUCAUGAGUGUCUGCCAACAUGUGCUUGACAAGUUUGAGGCCAGCAUAAAGGACUAUAAGGAUCAAAAAGCAAGCAGAAAUGAAUCCACAUUCUAGUCCCUUAUGCAGUAUACAAGGAGAACUGUCCUCUAGGAUAUUCUCUUCCUGAUGGUGCAGAACCCAUAAUUAGAAGUUUGUGGUUACAGCAUACUCUGUCCUUCAGAAAGGCGUGAUUCUAGCUGUUGACCCCUCGCAGCUGUUGGAACCUCUGCAAAAACCUCUGUAUUAUUCUAAUAAAUUCCCUCUUUUAUUUAAA